AUGAUUAAUGGUCCUUCUGAUCCAGAAAUCCUUGCUGAUAUUUAUGAUAGGAGAAUAAGAAAGUCAUUUAAAGAUGAAUGUGGUAAUGAGCGAUUUAAACCUUCAAAUAUAUUAACGUUAGCAUUAAUUCCAGGUCUGAAUGAGCCGAAAUUACAUCAACUAAAUCAUUAUCUUGCCUCUCUAAUCGAUCAAUUAAUCGAACUAUGGCAUAGAAUAAACCUACCAGAAACUUUCGAACAUCCCAAUGGAAAAAAAAUAAAAGUUGCUGUUAUAUAUUGCUCUUAUGAUAUUUCUACUACAAGAAAGCUUUGCAGAUAUAUAUCUGCAAAAGCUGCAUAUUACAGGUUUUUUAAAUAUGUUAAUUAUGAUGAUAACAAUCAACCUAACUUUGAAAGACUUGAUGAUAUGGAUGACUGGUUUAAAGAAAAAGAUGCCAAAGAAAUUAGAAAUAAUGCUUCUGAAUGGAAAAAUUGUAGAACAGAGAAAAAGCGUCAGAAACAUUCUAAAGAUCUAUCUAGAAGCCUUUCUGUAUAUGAUAAAUACACCAAUGAAGAAUAUCAGUCAUUUCAUUUAUUAUCAAACAUAGAAGAUUAUAUAGCAUUCGACUUUAAAUCGUUCCCAGGAUCUUUUUUAAAACCACUAAAAAGAGAUGUCAUACUACAAAAAGAUUUUCAGCAAUUAUUAGCUGAAUUUUAUUGUAAUACAUACAAUAAAGA